CAGAAAGAUUCAAUUUUGGAACAUACCCUCAGGACAAGACUGACCCCACUGCACUGCUUCCUGGAGUGGCUGCCUCAUUAUGGAACUCCUGGGAAGGCAGAGAUCAUUUUGCUUUUGCAUCGUUUUUGGCUAUGGCAUGUAUUUGAAAGAAGCUGAAAUGCCUUCAUUGUAGCCUGAGCUAACCCUUCAUGUAUUUGCACAUGAUUAAUGAGGAGCCAAAGAGCCUGAAGGGUUUGUAAUGAAGCCUUUUUAAUAGGGCAGUGUACGGUAGACAAAUCCAUAUUUUGUCACAAUCAGUCAUCCAUCAAAGCUGUGAUUUGCCUCUUCACAUCUAAAUGCCGGAGCACCCAGACUAUCCCAUGGUUACUCAGCUCACCCCAUGCUCCUCUCAGCAUGGGUCAUUCACCCUUUGUCACUAGCUGUGACUAUUAUUUGUAUUUAAUGAUGUUCAGUUAUAUAGACAGGCCACCAACCCUGAGACUACAAUGAGCUACUACUCACACAGAUCCCCAUUCACAGCACAUAGUAUGUAUUUAGUAUCAGCACUCACAAGUCUGACUAGAAAACUUACAUGUGUUAUUUGAGAACAACACACCUUCACCAUGGGAGUUGAUCUGUCCUACAACAUGCAUGCAACAACAAAGAAGUAUCUAGAGUCUGCUUGAGAGGACAGAGACACAGACAUCUAGCUUAGCCUAUCAAUAAGCAGCACUGACACAGCCCUUGAUGAGUCUGCCCUGCUAAAAAUAUGUGAACUGCAACCAGUUCUGGCAAAUCUGUGAGCCAACUGGGUCUCUCAAAUCCCACUUAAAGAAAAACUCUUGAUCACUUGCUUUAUAAACAUUCCGUUUUUCUUUCAGGAGUGUCCAGAGUUGAAAGUCUCAGGUCCAUUCAACAGGAUACUUAACCAACCUAUCUUCCUAUGCCAAGCCUGUAAAAAAGGAAUUAACAGUCACUGCUUUCAAAGGCUGGGACUCCCCACUUCUUCUAGAGUCUGGUGCGUUUGUCUCACUGAGGAAAGAUGGCCAAGAAAAAAGGUGGUCCUAAAGGAAGAAAAAUUACUUUGAAAAUGGCAAAAAAUUCCAUGAGGAUCUCUCCUGAAGGAGGUAUCCGUCUUGACUUAAGUAAGAUGGGUAUCACUACCUUUCCCAAGUGCAUUCUAAAGCUGGCUGAUGUGGAUGAGCUUGAUUUGAGCAGAAACAUGCUUAAAAAGAUUCCAAACACCAUUGAGAAAUUCCAGAAACUGCGCUGGCUGGACCUGCACAGCAAUCAGCUUGAAGACUUGCCCAAGGCAGUAGGUACACUUCAGAAUCUGUACUACCUGAAUGUAUGUAACAACAAGCUGACUACCAACAAGCUGCCAGAGGAGUUGAAUCUUCUCAAGAACCUGCGUAUUCUCAAUCUUGGCUUGAACUGUCUUGAAAGUAUCCCCCCCUCACUUGGAGCCCUGAAGGAACUUAAGGAGUUAGGUCUCUUUGACAAUUUGUUGACCACCAUCCCAAAGAGUGUGAAAAGGCUCCCUAAGCUCGAGAAAAUGAAUACAUUAAGAAACCCAUUCCCUGAGCCAAAAGAAGAGUACAUUGACCCCAUUAAGCGCGUAGAAUCACUUUACUUAGUUCAAGAGAAAGACCUGUGCUCUUCUUGCCUGAAGAACUGUCAGGGAGAAAAGGACAAACUUAACCAGUUCAAGGACACAGAACUCUGCCCCCCCAAGAAGCUCAGUUUCCCUUCACUCCUUACACCCAACUCCACUGCAAUGGAUGACCAAGAACAAUGGAGAUUAAAAGAUGAACAUCUCUGAAAUCUACAAAUAUGCUCCAUGGGCAACGUCUGAUGAAAAUCAGCUCAAGUUAAUUAAAAAGGUAUCCACCUGCCUUUUCCUGCAGUUCUCUUCAUUUAAAGACAUCCAGUUUCAGAAGCAGAUCUGAGGAGGUAUAUAGAACCGAAUCCCAGACAAGUAAAACAAAUGCACAUUUAGGAAAGACUAGUUUCUAGCACCUGAA